GCCACCUCAGGAGAUAUGCCAGUUCCAGUUACAACGCAGGGAUCACUGCAAACACAGCCGCCACAGAAGCACUGUGGCAUUACCUCUCCCAUCAGCUUAGCAGCCCCCAAGGAGACUGACUCCCUACUUACACAGAAACUGUUUGAGACUCUGAAGCCCUCUAGCGUUUUUGAAGAGGAAGAGGAGCUUUCUUUUUGAAGGAAGAGGACUUUAAUUUUGGGAAAAUUAAAUAACCUGGUAAAAGAGUGGAUAUGAGAAAUCAGUGAAAGCAAGACUCUUCCACGAUCUGUAGUUGAAAAGGUUGGUGGAAAAAUUUUUACAUUUGGAUCUUAUAGAUUAGGAGUACAUACAGAAGGUGCCGAUAUUGUUGCAUUGUGUGUUGCACCAAGACAUGUUGAUCGAAGUGACUUUUUCACCUCAUUCUAUAAGUUGAAAUUACAGGAAGAAGUACAAGAUUUAAGAGCUGUUGAAGAGGCACUUGUACCAGUUAUCAAACUGUGUUUUGAUGGGAUAGAGAUUGAUAUUUUGUUUGCAAGAUUAUCACUGCAGACUAUUCCAGAAGACUUGGACUUAAGAGAUGACAGUCUGCUUAAAAAUUUAGAUCUAAGAUGCAUAGGGAGUCUUAACGGUUGCAGGGUAACCGAUGAAAUUUUGCAUCUAGUACCAAACAUUGACAACUUCAGGUUAACCCUGAGAGCUAUCAAACUGUGGGCCAAAUGCCACAACAUCUAUUCCAAUAUAUUAGGUUUCCUCAGUGGUGUUUCCUGGGCUAUGCUAGUAGCAAGAACUUGCCAGCUUUAUCCAAAUGCAAUAGCAUCAACUCUUGUACAUAAACUUUUCUUGAUAUUUUCUAAAUGGGAAUGGCCAAAUCCAGUCCUAUUGAAACAGCCUGAAGAAUGCAGUCUUAAUUUGCCUGUAUGGGACCCAAGGGUAAAUCCCAGUGAUAGGUACCAUCUUCUGCCUAUAAUUACACCACCAUACCCACAACAGAACUCCACGUACAAUGUAUGCGUUUCAACACGGAUGGUCAUGGUUGAGGAAUUUAAACAAGAUCUUGCUAUCACAGAUUAAAUAUUGCUUAGUAAG